AUGUUUCGAAACAUUGGGAAUGAUCUGCCACCCCGACAUGAAGUUGGCCAAACUUACCGAAAUGUAAAAUUUGUAUUGGAGAAUGAAAAGCAGUUUGACGACCUGGAGACGAGAUGGCUACUGAACAGACUGGUGAACAAAACGGAAGAAGCGAGAGUUAUAUCAUUGCUCAAGGCACACAAUCAGAAAUGGAUCAGCUCUCCCUUCGAACUAGACGAGUACAGCAAAAUGGAGUUUCGUUUCCAAGAUUUUCGUGACAAUCCCGAUAUAAUUCGCUCCAAUGAAUUUCGGAAAUGGAAAUCAAAGAAACAGGGCGAACUCAUGGACCACAUUUACCACGACAAAAACAGAUACAUCAUGCACAAUAAUGAAGCUAGAAAUUUGAUGAUUGCCGAAGGCAAGCUCGUGGGUGCAAAAUGGAUUCUACCAUGGGAUGGCAAUUGCUUUCUAACAUCUUCGGCCUGGAAGAAUAUCACGACUUCGGUUCGCAGCCAUUCGGAUAGCAAGUACUUCUGGGUUCCUAUGGAGCGCCUACUAGAAAGCAAUGAUGUUCUGUUUGAUCCCGCUUUCAAGCCCAGGUUAGAAGAUGAGCCGCAACUGAUUUUUCGAUAUGAUGCGAAAGAAAAGUUCAAUGGAGAUAUGCGCUACGGUCGACGAUCGAAAGUGGAGAUGCUAUGGCGACUGCAAGUGCCAGGGCCUUGGGAUUCAUGGGGCUACCAUCCAUGGGAAGAACAUUUUCAAACAUGGAAGCCCUCCACCGACAAGCCUCCAGGUGUAGGGCAAAUACCUGUAGCCGGAUGGGUAGCUCGGUUGUUCUCCGGUAGACCCAAGCUUGAGACAGAUUUGAUUGGACGAGGGCUUGAUCGCGUCGUGGCCAUUCGCUUAUUAAUUGACCAUUGUGACGCUGACGUCGCGCAUAACAUCUACAGUUUCGAUGAAGACUCCCCGCUUAUGUGGGACAUGGAUGUUCUUGAGAAGGAAAAAAUUGAAGCAAGGGCCAGCGAUGCAGAGAUAACGGUUCUCAUCAAUGAGCUCGUCGCCAUAUGCGAUACGUACCUCUCCGCGGGGGAUGAGAGUGAGGAAUCUGAACUCAGUUUUGCAAAUAGAGCAGCUCAAGUGACUGCUCUCGCCCUCACAUCGUUUCUGACAGGAGAAGUGCGCUACGCCAAGCAUGCGGCCCAGCUUUAUGUGGAGUGGUUCAGUCAAACCGAGGCGCAACAAAAGGUAUCAGACAUGAAAAAAUUCAAACUGUGUGCAUACUUGCUGGACUCGUUAAGGAUGCUCAAGCACUCGGGUACGCUGAGUACCGAGCAAUAUGCCGGUAUACGAACCUGGCACGCCUCCUUCCUGGAGAUGGUGCUUUUGAACAACAAAAUGGCAGCCAAGAACAAGGCAUUGAUAGGCAAAGGAAUGGCAGAUGAGAACGAUUUCCCUGCGGAGUACUGGAGCAAAGGCCCACAACCGGUCUUGUACGAUGCUCAAGUGGCAGCGAUAUCCGCAUUCACCGGCGAUACGAUACAGUUCCUGCACACGGUGGAGCGUGCGAAGAUGAAGAUGACCGCUCGCAUUCGAGAUCAGGGAGACAUUAGGCCACCUAAACUGAAGGAUCCCAAGGCUUCCGAUGUGCUAGAGCUCGAAGCCUGGCUUGAGCUUUCACGGCUGGCUUCAAGAGCAGGCGUUGACUUAUACGGCUACCAGGGCUAUGACGCGCCAUCAACAAAAUUGCCGUUGAUACUAGCAGCCGUGAAUACGGCAUUGAAAGCGGUCAACAAGGAUUACAUUGGCUAUGCCAGUCAUUGGCACUUCACAGCCCGAACACGAUAUCCAAUCAACGAUCUGGUGUGUACAAAUACACUUUGUCCAGAGAUAAUGAGUACAUACCCCGAAGCCACCCCCCCAGUAUUUCCUGUGUGGCGUUUCGGGUUGAAUACUUGAGACAUACUAAGGUCCAUGUCGCAAAACAAAGAACGCAUAGACACCAUCCGUGACGUUGCCUGCGAGUAUGGCAGCAGGUCAUUUACAAUCCGAGAACAAGCAAAUAGCAGCGCUAGUGCGCAGAAUAAUAGAGCAGACUUGGAUUAGAAAGCCUUCUGUUUACCGAGCCAGACUCGGACACAGUCAUGUUUAAAAUACUUGACACAGUACCACGUACAGACGUUGCUACCCGCAGUUGUGGUAUAAUGGUCAAGGAAGGAGUCAGCCACGCUGCUGCAGGUGACCCCAUGUUGUACUUCAUGCGCACAAGGCGCAUACAGGCUGUGCGAUAAAUCGACUACAAGCCGUGGUGAAUAAGAAUACUUCUCCUACGACGCCCGACUGAAUAAAAGUCAUG